AAGAUGAUUGAAUUCAACUAUAAAUAUCCUUAAUAUCUACUUGUAACAAAUCAUUACAAGGUGGAUUCUCACCCCCACCUUCUUCACCAAAUACCUCCCCCAAAAGUAACCCAACUGCAACACUUACUGCCACCCAUGUCCUCCGCCAGCAUCAACGCCACCACAAUUUCAACCCCAACCCUAGACACCGAGUCCUCUGUCCUCCUCCAAUCCAUCACCUCCCAUGGAGGCUAUGCUUAUGCUCGCAUGGCCACUUUAGCCGCUGCCGGCGACCUACGAGCUGCCGAGGCGGCGCGUGAGAUGGCGUGGGAGCAACUUCACUCCGGCCCUUGGCACUCCGUUCUCCCUGUCUGGCGUGACGCUUACUCUAUGGCGUGCCUCCACGUGGCAAAGUUCCAUUUCUCCAAUGGUGAGUUCAGAGAUGCUCUUAGGGCGUUGGACAUGGGCAUCAUAAUGGGCGGUCCUUUGCUUAGGAAAGAUUUGGACUCGGCAAUCGAAGUCGUUUCUGCCGCCAAAGCAAGACAGUAUGAUAACGGAGGAGCUGAUGCUGACAAUGAGGGUGGGGAAAAAGCAGGUUCUCGAUUGCUGGUUUGUCCGGAGGAGUUAGAUAAGUCCGAGGUACUACGAAUUUUACCAAUAGGGUCCUUGUCUUCUAAGAUCGUGGGAAAGAGGUCCGCCCUUUCUUUGGAGGGAUUUCUACGUGACGCUUUCCUUUCAGGUUCUCCAGUUAUAAUUACUGAUUGUAUGGCUCACUGGCCAGCCAGGACAAGGUGGAAUGAUGUGGAUUACUUAAGAAGGGUUGCUGGUGAUCGUACAGUUCCAGUUGAGGUUGGGAAAAACUACUUAUGUUCAGAGUGGAAGCAAGAGCUUAUUACAUUUUCCCAGUUUCUUGAGAGGGUUCAAUCUAAUGGCUGCAGAUGUAAGGUCCCCACCUAUCUUGCACAACACCAAUUGUUUGAUCAGAUAAAUGAGUUGCGGAAGGACAUUUCAGUUCCUGACUAUUGUUAUGCAGGUGGUGGUGAGCUGAGAUCUCUCAAUGCAUGGUUUGGUCCAGCUGGGACAGUGACACCUUUGCACCAUGAUCCACACCAUAAUAUACUUGCUCAGGUGGCUGAUUCUUCUUAAGUUUCCUAUGAUAACAAUUUAUUUUGUAUACUGUAACCAAUUAUGCAUAGACCAGUUUCAGUAUAAUAAUACAUAUCAUCCUUUUGUCACCGCUUGGUUGGUUUCUGAUAGAUGUCCAAUCUAGACGUUCUGCUCACACUUACUGAGUUAAACUAUCAUUUACACGCUAUCUUGUGCUAUUAUUUUAUGCAUUAUGUACUCAUGUGUAUAAUAGGCAUCAAAUCAGUAAAGUUCUAAGUGGUUUUAGUUUUGAAAAUGAGUAACUACUUACUGUUCUAUUGGAUCAAUCACAGAAGAGAAUUUCCAGUUUUUAUUUAAAUAAUGAGUAGCAGCAGUUAAGGGCGUCCUAAAAUGAAUUGUUCCACUGGGAUAUUUUCUUCCAUGAUCGAGGAAAUCAUCUUAAUCAACAUUGUUGUAUAUUGUCAUUAUUGCCUUUUGAUAUAUUUAGGUCAUCAUGCUUUUCAUUUCUGCUUCAGUUUUGGGUCUGUUGGAGUAUUUGCAAAAUUGGAUGUCCAGAUUGCUAAAUUUCAUUUGGGGUCCUUAAACGCAUUUAAACACAUUUGGUGUGAAUUAGCUUGCAUGGAAUUAGAAAUGUUUUAAUCCAUUUCCUCUUCCACUUUUCCUUUUAAAUAAAUAUAAGCAAUUAAGUUUCAAAUUUUAACUUGCUUUCCAGUAACCCCCAAAUCAUCUGUAGGGUCACAUGUCUUAGUGUACAUACCAUGCUAAGAGACCUUCACUCAAUUAUCUCCUUUAGGGAAAGGGUAAUAAUCUGAAUUGCGGUAGCACAUAGCGCUUAUUGAGAUGUGUUAUUCACGAGCAUUGAUAAUUCAUUGGUGAUGGUCCACUUUAUACUUCUCUUGAGGUGUAUUGCUUCAAAUAGCUAAUUGUAGCUCUUCACUGUUUAACAUGCUUGAUUAUAAUGACUCUGGCAUGAACUUUUUUUUUUUUUUAAUGGCAAUUUUCUGGCAAUUUUCAUUUCCCUUAUACUGCAUUUUCUAUGCGCAUUGGUUGGUGGGUAGUAGGUCCUGUUUAAACCUGUCUAUGGAUUUAAUUUUUCCUCAAAUCAAUAUCGUGCUCC